AUGUCUAAGUCCAACAUAUUUGAGUUUUUGCACCAAUCUCGUGUAAGUGGCGAUGUCUCAGCCAUUAAGAAACUCCACGCUCAGCUACUCAGAACAGGCAUGAUCUUCCUAUCCCAUCAUCUCCACACCCAACUCAUUUCCACAUACGCAGCCUGCCUCCCUUACAACAACCUUCACUUGGUCAAUAACUUCUUCAAAUGCAUGAAUUCCACCAACCCAUUACACUUCAACGUCAUAAUAUCUUAUUUCUGUCGCAAAGGUUUCCCCUUUCUCGCUCUCGCCUCCUUCUCCUUCAUGCACAGCAACGGAGUCCCCUUAGAUACCUACGCUUUGUGUAGCACGUUGACCGCCUCAUCCAAAGUCAAAGACCUUAAUUUUGGGAUGCAGAUACAUACCCAGAUGGUAAAAUCAGGUUGGUCUUCUAGCGUGUUUGUUGGUAGUGCUCUCAUCGAUCUCUACUCCAAAUUGUCCAAUGUACAAGAUGCAGCCCUUGUGUUCGAUGAAAUUCCCGACAAGAACACCGUGUGUGCCAAUGCACUUUUGUCAGGUUAUGCCGAAGCUGGGCUUUGGGUUCGGGACCUUGAACUUGUUAGGAAGAUGCACGAGUUGAAAUUGAAGCAUGAUCACUUUACUCUAUCAGCAGCUUUGCGUGCAUGCACCGGAUUGUCUGCUGUUGAAAUGGGUAGGCAAGUGCAUGGUUACUUGCUCCGUACGAUACCUGAUGUAGAGAGUGAUGUGUUUCUCCAGAGCGCGUUGAUCGAGAUGUAUGGAAAGUGUGGAUUAGUAAAGAAGGCUCGGCAAGUGUUGGACUUGGAUGGGAUGGAGAUUAGGAAAGAAGGAAGAAGCAGGGACAUUGUGUUAUGGACUUCAAUGCUGGGUGUGUACGGUAGGAAUGGACAUUACAAGGAAGUGAUUGAUUUGUUUGAUGAGAUGAGGAUGGAAGGAAUCCGGGCGGACGGAAUAGCAUUCUUGACAGUGAUAUCUGCUUGUGGUCGCACUGGCCAAGUUCAUGCUGGUGUCAAGUAUUUUGAAUCAAUGACUAAUGAGUUCAAGUUAGAUCCUGGUCCAGAACAUUACAGCUGCCUGGUUGAUUUACUUUGUAGGGCUGGUGAAUUGCAGAGGACGUGGGAAUUGUUGAAUGAGACACUCUAUAAGGGAAUGGGAAAUUGUAGUGUUUCAAUGUGGGGAGCUCUACUGAGUGCUUGUGUGGAUCGAGGGGAUUUAGAGCUGGGAAAAUUGGCAGCAAAGAGGGCUCUAGAGUUAGAUCCUCAAAAUGUUGGGAUAUGCAUUAUGCUGUCAAAUCUUUAUGCUCGGUUUGGCAUGUGGGAGGAAAUUGGAAACUUGAGGGAAUUGAUCAAAACAAGAGGUUUAACAAAAGAUGUUGGAUGCAGUUGGGUUCAGAUCACUCACUAG